CCAAAUUUAAAAUAAAUGACACAAAUUCUUUUCCGAUUCGUAUAUUUUGAAAAUGUUCACCAAAAAUUUACAAUAAAAACGAUUUUGUCACUUGUGUUUUUGUAGGCAUUAUUAUAUUGUAUACCGUAUAUAUUUUGAAGCAGUUUGUAAUUUUGUUAGUCCAGGUGUAAGAAUCUAAAUCUAUGUGGUAGCAGGCAUGUUGAUAAGUAAAGUUCCGGACAGCGAUGGGGGUAAGGGCGAGAGUAACGAAGUCUCCAGCGAUGAGACCAACUCUCACGACUACCAGACAGCUAACGAGCUGUUUGAACUGAUGGCAAAGAACCAGAAUUUUGACACAAGCAAUGUUGAUACACUGACAACCAGAGACUUGGUUCUACUGUAUAAGAAUAUCGACUUGGGUACGAAGCUUAUGUCGAACGCCAACGAACUGAAGCACAGGAGGCCGAACCAGCGCGUGGAGACCGUCGUGUACAACGACGAGCCCGAGUCGGACGCGUCGGACGUCAGCGACAUCUACAGCAGCGAGGACCUCACCAACGUGUUCCUCAUCAACAAGGAGAGGCUGGACCUCCUGAACGCGCCCUCUUCAGUAGAAAACACUCUUUGCCACAAAUUCGGAAACGUUGAGUUACAAACCUCUGACCUUACCACCACAUAUGAUAAACAUUUUUUAUUCAAAGACCCGUACAUAGAAGAACAGCUUAAAUGCUUAAAAUUAAAGAGCAACUCUACGGAGGUUGAAGGCGCAGUACUCCCAGCUUCGCUAUUAGAUUAUAUUUGCUGCAAACGGUUAGAAGAUAAUUAUAACUUUUAUAUGGAAAAUAUAAUAAGAUAUGUUAAACAUACUAUCGAACAAUUGAAACGAAUCAGCAACGGUGAUUAUCUAACUGAGAAAGCUAAAGAAAAGUGGCGGGAAGUGGAUAAUUCUGCCGAAGAUGAUCGUUUAAGUAAUACUAAGGUCCUCGCGACAUCCACUAGCAUACCACUGCAUGUGGAGCGUAAGGUUGGGGGGAAAAAAUCUACAUGGGAUGAUAUAGUUCAUUCAGCAGUAGAUAUUAGAUCUCUAUCAAAAAUACUUGAAAAGAAAAUCAUCGUUGAAGUUCCAAAACUUCUCUGUGGGUCUUAUAAGCUUUUGAGUAAAUGCUGUGCGGAUAAUGUAAUAAUAAGUUGUAAGAAAGAAAAGCGGCCUGAAAACGAAACAUCGGGAGAGUCACGCGUUGACGUCGUGUUUCAACUGAAACGUUCUGAGACUGGACAAGUUAUGAGUAACAUCAGCUCAAUUAUGAUUCUACAAACUGCUCCGAUGUCAUGUGAUCCAAGAGAAGCGGUGAGCUGCUUACCUGUCGCCUUACCUUUGCCGUAUAAAGAAUUAAACAAUGAAACGAAUUCUCCUAAAAGUAGUGUCAAAAUAAUAGAACUAGAACCCAUUGCCUGUACGACUGAAGAAAAAACAAGAGAGGGGUCUCCUGAUUCUCGUUGCAGUGCUCGUGGCGACAAUGUGAUUGACAGUAUUGAUUAUGCGUGCAGUGAUGAUGGGUGUGCAUCUUUGAAAAAUUCAACGUUUCAAGAGUCAAGCGAGUCUAGUGAUGCAUUAAGGGAAGUAUUGCAGAAAAAAUUUAAACAUGCUCAGCAAGAUGCAGCCGCUGAUGUUAAGUUCGCGGACGACUUACGUUUGACAAUACAAAAACUGACUAUGCAAAGUGCUUUAACAGAAGAAAGUGGUGAAGACAUGUCCUUAUCUACAGUGAAUAAGAAGAAAUCGCCGACGCGCGUCAGAAUAAAAUCGCCAUACGAGAAUCAAUCGUUUAUCAUGGAAGAGAAGAAACGAAGAAAGCUGUUAGAAAUACGAGAGAGACGUGAAAGGAAGAAAAUGGCAUUAGCAGAAAACUGCAAAAUUACCAAACAUAAAUAUGGAAAGGGAGCAAUAAUGCCUCAGUCUGCUAGCUCUGUUACAAAAUUAUCAAUAUCUAAUAAGUCCUUUUACAACUCUAUUUAUGGGCAAAGUGCUAAUGUGGAUUGCAAACAAACAAAAGGGAGAAACCGCAAGGGAGCAAAGCGAGAAGUAGUUGAUGCUACAAGUGAGGGGUUUGGCGGCGAACAUGAGGUGACUCUGCUAUCGCCGGUGAAGAACAGCAAGAAAUACAUCAAUAGGAGCUACUACUUGGAUGAUGCCGUUACAGAAAUGAUGUACAUGAACAUGAAGCGCAAAGAAGGAGAUGGGAAAGAAUUAUGUUCUACUUCUACCUCAGUUAUAUCAAAUGAUUUCCAUAACAAUUUGAAUUUACUUUCACAGCUUAUAGGACCUUCUGAAUCUGAAAUAAAUAUUGCUGACGACGAACUGACCGGUGAUGAUAACACACAAGUGUUGGAGGAGACAGCGAAUGCCGAUGGAAGCGUCGAUGGGAAUUCAGUUAAGGAAUUGCUUACAAAUAAGAGUGCACUCCACGCAGUACCGUCGAAUUCCCCAAAAGUUGAACAAGAUAAGACUGAUCCGAAGAAGACUCCCACUUCCACCGUCGAAUGCAGAAAAAGUAUAGAUAAAAUUUACACAUUGAUGAAGAAGUUUGGAAAGUCUCAAGAUACUGAAAGCAAGUCCUCCAAAAGUAAAUACUAUUCUAGUCACACUGGUGAUGGCAAUGGAGGCAGAGAAAGUUCCACUUUUCAAGGCAGUGACAGUGGAACUAGCCUUAAACAUCACUUAACAUCCUCUAAUCCUAGUUGCUUUAGUUUUGAGAAAAGUAAUUGUGAAGCUUUAAAAUGUAACAAUAAUUAUAAUCGAAAACCAGGCAGCCCCGCAGCUGUCGUUCCUAAAGUAAUCAUUAGUUCCAAAAUGUCAUCACAGACACCAAAGAGUGAUUCAGACAGAAAUAAGAAAGAUCGAAGGAAGUCAAUUGCUAGUCCUAUUAUUAAAGUGCCGGAGAACCCAUUGAGAGCUAUAUCGCAACUAUUGCAUGAGUUUGAAAAUGUACAAAAAAAUAGACAAAAACCAGCAACUGAAUCAAGGCCGUCAAAGAAACCACUGGAAGUUGUAACAUCUGAAGGAAAAAGUAUUUCACGACAAAAUUCUUUGAAAAGACGCUCACGACUGGAUCAACAUAAUGAUGCUCAGACUGAAAGAUGCGUUAGGGUCGUUACACCCAAGGAUAAAAAGAACAGAUCUUUUCCAACAAUGGAUUUACCAAAAAUCCCGUAUCAACAAAGCCCUGUCGACGAAAAACACGUCACCGCCCCAAAAAAGAAACUAACGGAUAUGUUAGAUGAAGCUAAAGAAGCUAGAGGCGAAGCAGUUCGAGGACCGUCUAAGUUAACAUCUAGAUUAAACUCACUAGCACAGCCUAAGAGGACGUACGUUCAGGCUCACAGUGAAGAGUACCAGACUAAGUAUGGAAAAAAUCUAAUGGCAGAUAGACUGCAAAGAUUAGCUGCAGCUCAAACACCUUUGGCUUCAGAUAGAAAUACUGGGUCUGCGAAUUCUAGAAGUAAAGGAAAACGAAGUGGCACUGAGGCCCUUUCCGCUGUAUCUGUGAAACUGACACCGCCGUCUGUGCCAUCUUUAGAGCGACCAGCAAGAACUCGACACUCGACCAGCAACAGUCCCGAAGGAAAAGAAAGGCUGUGCCAAGGGGUGGGGUCGUCCUACAAACAAAUUACCGUGCCUGAAACGCCCGAAACAUUAAAGAAAAAGAUGGUGGCUGUUGAAUCGUACGUAAAAAAUCAUUAUGGACGCGCCACAUCUACGGCAGCCGUGAACGAACCUCAAAGUGUCCAAAAGUCGCGGGUCCCGCUCUUACCGAACGACAUCGAUCUAGAGUCUUCGACAUCAACUCCUACAGCAGAGGAGUCUACCGAGUUAGGAAGCAGGCUGCAUAACAUUAUUAAUACCAUGAUUAAAAGUACUUCACAAGGUUUAGAGGUUCUGACUGAAUGCCAAGAAAGCAACUCUGAUAAAAGUAGAGAAAAUUUGGACGACUUUUCACUUGUGGAAAACUUGUCCAGAUCCGAACGAGUGUCGUGUGACUCCGACUACGCCGUGGAUGUUUUAAACGAUAAAAAUGUAGUAACGACCGUUGAAGCUUUUGAUAAGGCCACCAAAGACGAACAAGAAGAAAUAAGUGUAGUUGAAGAAAAUGCUUUGAAAUACGAUGUACAACCUUUCAAAUCAGUUACUGAAUUGGAAAAAUUAGAAAAUGCUCUUUGUCGCCGUAUCUCGGUAGGCACCUUUCAAAAGAGAUUAAGAAUUAAAAAUCUAACUUUGACACCAAAGCAAUCUAUGAAACAAGUAUUUGUUCUACAGUCGGGAGACGCAGGUUCUCUUUUUGUUAAGGCCUCUAUAGCUUCCAACUUAAGUAAAACAAAAACAGAAAACUUGACAGAUUUCACAACUUUACCUGUUUUAUCUAAAUCUCAUUUAGACUGGAGUUUUGCUAAUUUUCCUAUGCAACUUGCAACUGUCGGGUAUUCUUUUCCUGAAUAUAAAUCAAUCCAAUGUGGUUCUAAUUCCUUAGUCAAAUUAUUUGAUGAAGUUUCGAAAAGUUCAGACGACGAAAUAGUAUACCAUAAAAAAAACAAUAAGACAGAUAAGGACAGUCAAUGUUUUAAGGGUGCUCAAUUUCAGCCCAAGUCAGAGCAAGCUGCGCAGGUUGAUGUGUCUGCUUUAAUGACUGCAGAAAAAAGUACUCAUGUACUAAAUCCAGAAAAAGAAAUUGACCUAACUGCAACGAAGUGUGAUGAAACCAAAGUAGAAAAUAAGCAUGCAUUAAAAGACUUCUGUGAUGAUAAAAUAACUGUAGAGAAAUUAUUUGAUAGGAAUCAGUCACCUAGCGAAAUUUCAAAUAAAAUGAAGGAAAACGGUUCUGAACUAGGAAAUCCUGACGACAUUGAAUAUACAACGUCUUUGGAUAUACUAGUAGGACUUUUAAAUGAAAUUCAGAAAAUUACUACUUGUCAAACUGAAAUUACUAACAGUGAUAAAAACAACGACGUAAAUGAUGGAAGUAAACUUGAACUGGAAACCAUUUUGAAUAAAGCAGCUGAACUAGAAAAUUCUAUAAAGAGCAGUCCUUGCGAGAUGAUCUCUUUCACGUCUUUGGAUAAAUUACGUCAACUGGAGUCUAAUCAGAGUAUUUUCUCGUAUUACUUAUCUGAUUAUGAAGGGUCUGAUAUAAGCAACAAGACUAAAGCUAGCAAAUUUAUUUUUCCCCCAGAAAUAGUACCAUUUAGUCCUAAGCCAAUUUACGCUGACAAAGAAGUGAACGUCGAUCUCGUUGAGAAAGAGUUGGUACAUAGUUUUACGGACACUCCUUCUCAGAUUUUCCCGAUAAGCAUCAACCACAGUACCAACAUGACCAGUUCUUUGAUGGGCGUACUCAGCGAGCCCUCCACGCAGUCAAUGUUCUCGUUUGCCGAAUACCACUCUGCAUUUUCCUCCGUCUCAUCAGUGGAACACAGCAGCGUUAUAGAGAUUCCACAAGUUACAAUUACAACUGAAUCAAACCACUCUGUUUCCAUUUGCGAAGUUAACCGAACUAUUGAACAAUCGAAUGAAAAUAACUCAUACAGAAAGAAAAUCGAAUCCUUUCAAACCGACAGAAUUCAAAAGAGUGUGAAAAUUACUAAGACCAGAUAUCGGCUGAAAUCUGAGUUCCUUCCGAUUAUGAAAGUGAAGAGAGAUAUUCUGGUAACAGUUUACUCAAUUUUGGUGUUUACUGUAUUUGCUGCUUUGUCGUUCCCCGAAAGGCUAUUCCAUGUUUGUGAGAGUCUCAUAAUAUAGAUCAUA